GGAUAGAGAGAAGUGAAACAAAAAGAGGAAAGAAAGAAGCAAAAAUUGGUUAAAAAUAAAUUUUAUUAUUAUUAUUAUUGUUAUUAUUAUUUUUUUGUUAAUAGAAGAAAAAAAAAAAGAAAAAUGGGAAGAGGGAGAGUAGAACUGAAGAGAAUAGAGAACAAGAUCAAUCGACAAGUGACCUUCGCAAAACGAAGAAAUGGUCUUUUGAAGAAAGCUUAUGAGCUUUCCGUUCUUUGCGAUGCUGAAGUUGCUCUCAUCAUCUUCUCUAAUAGAGGAAAACUCUACGAGUUUUGCAGUAGUUCAAGCAUGCUCAAAACAUUAGAGAGAUACCAGAAAUGCAACUAUGGAGCCCCAGAGCCUAAUGUUUCCACAAGAGAGGCCUUGGAACUGAGUAGCCAGCAGGAGUAUUUGAAGCUUAAAGCUCGCUAUGAAGCUCUCCAACGAUCCCAAAGGAACCUUUUGGGAGAAGACCUUGGCCCAUUGAGUAGCAAAGAACUUGAAUCUCUUGAAAGGCAACUUGAUAUGUCCCUCAAGCAGAUCAGAUCAACAAGGACUCAGUACAUGUUAGAUCAGCUCACUGAUCUUCAGCGCAAGGAGCAUCUUCUUAACGAAGCAAACAAGACUCUGAAACAAAGGUUAGUAGAAGGGUAUCAAGUAAAUGCUCUUCAAUUGAACCAAAGUGCUGAUGAUAUGAUGUAUGGAAGACAGCAAGCUCAGCCUUCUGGGGAUGCCUUCUUCCAUCCUCUAGAUUGUGAACCCACCUUACAAAUUGGGUAUCAGCCAGAUCCCAUAACAGUGGUCACUGCUGGGCCAAGCAUGAAUAAUUUCCUCCCAGGAUGGUUGCCUUGAGAAACAAGAAGAUGGAAAUUCUUCCAUUCAAAAUUUGAAAAAAAUUA